AUGCUUACCAAACAGAUUGCCAGUGCUCACCUGCGCAAGGAGUGGGACCUUAGGAUUAAGACCCACUUCAACCAGCCGGGACAGAAGCUCCGCCGCCGUCGCGCUCGCUUCGCCAAGGCUGCUAAGAUCGCCCCGCGCCCGAUCGAGGCUCUGCGCCCUGUUGUCCGUUGCCCGACCGUGAAGUACAACCGCAAGGUUCGUGCUGGCCGUGGUUUCACCAAGGAGGAGCUCAAGGCUGCUGGCCUUACCGCCAAGUACGCUGCCACUGUUGGCAUCGCUGUCGACUACCGCCGCCGCAACCGCAGCGAGGAGUCGCUGUCGGCCAACGUUGAGCGCCUGAAGGCCUACGUCGCCAAGCUCGUCGUCCUGCCCCGCAACGCCAAGAAGCGCUCUGCUGAGGACGUCGAGGCUUACAAGAACGCCGUCCAGGCCCGUGGUCAGGCUGUUCCCAUCACCGACGGCUACGUCGCUGAGGCUCCCCGCGCCGUCACCGCCGAGGAGAAGAAGGCCAAGGCUUUCGUCACCCUGCGCGAGGCUCGUGGUGUCUACAAGGUCCGCGGUAUCGUCGAGAAGCGCAAGGCUCUUCUUGCUGAGGAGGCUGCCAACAAGGCCAAGAAGUAA